CCUUUUGCGACCAUCGCUGAAGCGCUAGCGGCCGAAAUGAAGUUCAAUCCCUUUGUGAUUUCUGACCGAAGCAAGAACCAGAAAAGACAUUUCAACGCGCCUUCCCACAUUCGCAGGAAGAUUAUGUCUUCCCCUCUUUCUAAAGAGCUGAGACAGAAGUACAAUGUCCGAUCCAUGCCCGUCUGAAAGGAUGAUGAAGUUCAGGUGGUAGGAGGGCACUACAAAGGGCAGCAAAUUGGCAAAGUAGUCCAGGUUUACAGGAAGAAAUAUGUCAUCUACACUGAACGAGUGCAGCGGAAGAAGGCUAAUGGCACGACUGUCCACGUGGGCAUUCACCCCAGCAAGGUGGUUAUCACCAGACUAAAGCUGGAUAAAGACCGCAGAAAGAUCCUCAAACGUAAAGCCAAAUCUCGCCAAGUAGGAAAGGAAAAGGGCAAAUAUAAGGAAGAAACAAUUGAGAAGAUGCAGGAAUGA